AAUCCGUCUCGUUCUUCACUCGUCAUAAUCUUCUUUCGGUAUGUUCGCUGUUAAAUCGAUGGUUUUCGUGUUUUUUCGCGGUCUUAGGUCGAUACCAACUUACUUAGAAAACAACUUAGAAAUACGAAAUAACUAAAAACGAUUAAGUCGAAAUAAGAAAAAGGCCUACAACUCAUUAUGGUCAAAGACGAUAAUGACGCAGCCUAAAUUGACGAAUGAAGAAUGGCUCACGAAAGCAGAAUCGGGCAAAUUUAGGAACGUGACGAAAAACGAACGAGUCGUAUAAUCGUAACGAACGACCCAAGAGUAUACCGAUGUGAUUAUGAUGUUAGAUGGAACAGACAUGUUAUUUUUAUAACCUGUGAUAUAACUUACUCGUACCAGUACGUAAUAUGAACAUGAUGAAAUUUUAGGGAAAUGACUGCGAAUUAGGUACUGUCGUUGGCACGGGUUCAAAAUCUAUCAUCAUUCCGGUCAUUAAGCGACGUUCCUGUUUGCCGUAAAUAAUUCGUCAAAUAUUUAAAGUACCUGUUUGGAGUGCCAAUGCCAACGCCAAUUCAUAAAUAAUUCUUUAGUUAUUUCAGUUCACUGACUGUGCUUAAGCUUAAAUAACUGAAAACAUUGUCGUCUCAGGAAAUUAGGAGGAACAGCUGUACAGUGUAAUUAAUUUUACUAAUUCUGAAUACUUUCUUUUAUGAAUAGUAACGCUUGUGUUAUGAACAAAAUCGAAAAAAUAUGGCCGUUAUAACAGAAAAUGGUGUCUUCCCGUCAACAAUAUCCAUCAACACAAUCAACACAAAAUGUAAAAACAAUAAUAAUGACCCGGAAAAAAAUGAAUAUGAUCCAUUCCAGAAUAGAAAACUACAAUAUCCUAAUUCAGAUUUAAGGUCAUUUGCAAAUUUACUCAAAUCGUCUCUAGGGUCCGGUAUAUUAGCCAUGCCAGCUGCUUUUAAGAAUUCCGGAACUAUUGUAGGGAUAUUCGGAACCAUCAUCCUGGGCUACAUCUGCACACAUUGCGUGUAUUUACUGGUCAAAACUUCACAAGACGUCUCAAAAGUAGCGAAGAUGCCAUCCUUGGGUUAUGCAGAAACCGUAGAAGCGGUCUUCGCGACAGGACCAAAGUCUUUUAGAAGACUGUCGAAGGCAUCAAGGAUAUUUAUAGACUGGGCGAUGGCGUUUACCAUACUUGGCGCCUGUGCGGUGUACGUCAUCCUACUGGUGGAGUCUGUGAAACAGAUGAUCGACUUCUUUUUCGAGGACAACAACUUGAACGUGCACAUGUAUUAUCUAUUAUUCCUCGUACCACUGUUAGCCUUUACUCAAAUAAGGAACCUCAAGUACCUGGCUCCGUUCUCCGGUGUCGCAAACGUUCUUCUUAUAGCAACAUUCCUCAUUUGCUCCUACUACAUCUGCUCAGACUUCCCAGAACUAAGCUCAAGACCGUUGUCUGUGGAUAUUGGAAAACUACCGCUAUUUAUCGGUACAGUGAUUUUUGCCAUGGAAGGCAUCGGCGUAGUGCUGCCGGUUGAGAAUACCAUGGCCAAUCCUCAACACUUCCUGGGUUGCCCGGGAGUCCUCAACAUCACAAUGACGGUCGUAGUUCUACUGUACAUGGUCAUGGGUUUUCUGGGCUAUGUUAAAUACGGAGACGCCUCAAAAGGCAGUAUAACGCUAAAUCUGCCUACAAGUGAAAUCCCAGCGUUAAUGGCAAAGAGUUUCAUUGUAGUUGCCAUCUUCUUCACCUAUACUCUUCAAUUUUACGUCCCCAUGGAAAUCGUGUGGCGUAACACUCAAGGAUAUUUGGCGCAAAACUACCAUAACUUGGCGCAAAGCGUCAUGCGAGCAGUGUUUGCAACGCUUACGGUGAUAGCGGCAGCAACAUUGCCUCGACUGGACCAAGUGAUCGGCCUGGAAGGAGCAUUCUUCUAUUCCUUCCUUGGCCUAAUCGUUCCAUCUUUCAUUGACCUGAUAUUCCACUGGGAGAGAGGGUUAGGCAAAUACAACUGGAUAUUAGUGAAGGAUACAGGUCUUAUCAUAUUUGGAUGUUUCGUGUUGUUUACUGGAGUUACACAAAGUAUUAGAGAAAUUGUCAGAACUAUUCAGUGAUUUGUGGUUGCGUAAUUUUAUUAAUAUGUAUACAUAAGUAUGAAUAGUCUUAAUGAAAGAAAAUAAAAGUAAUAAUAAAUAUGAGCAGGUUAAGAUAUAAGAACCUAAUAGGUAGGUAGCUAAGUGAAUGAAUUUAAGGAACAUAUUUUAUCCUAAGGUUCUGAACUAAAAGAACCGCGCUUUUUUAUGUGGCAUAAUUUAAAAUAAGCAAGUAUAGAAUAUAUUGUCUUCGGUCCGUUUUAUUUCAUAAGCAAGUAUAAGUUUAGUGUGCUACUUUCCUUCCAGUGCUAGUUUUAGACCAUUUUACGACAUUUGAAAAUAAGUAAAACCUCCCCCCCCCCCCCGCUCUCUUCCUCUCCCCCAACACAGUCAUGUUCUACUAGAAAUGAUAUUUCUCCAGUGCCAUACUUUAUUAAUAAUUAAUUUAAUUAUUUGCUAUUGGGUGUGGAGUAUGGACAAAAACGAAAGUAAACAGACGGAAACUAGCACAAUAAUGAUACUUAGAGACUCGUCGUAAAGACUUUUGAUAAUUUUAAUAUAACAAUAUAUGGCAAAUAUUUAGAAAUACGUAUACAUUGUAAAAUAAUUGUCAUAAACAAAUACCUACAACUACACUAACGCCGUGGCUUGCGUGGGCGACGGUCGCGCGAUGGUCGCGCGACGGCGAUGCGACGCAUACGAAAUCAAACCUUAUCGACAAGGAAGUAUGAGACGCGACGGCGACGGUCGCGCGACCGUC